GGAGAGCCAUCAGCUAGUUGAACGAGACAGCUAAGGUUUGAACAGAGAAAUUCCUGGUUACAGUACCGCGUGUGCUAAUGUAAGUGAGAAGCCGAAACUAUUUCUCAUGAAUAAUGAAUCACUCCCCCCUCCUCACCCGUAAACAACAUAAUCCAGGAAGCGCAGCUCAGAGGAGGAGCCGGCCAAGGCUAGUCAGGUUGAGGACUCAACUCGGGUGAGGGCUGCAGGAAAUAUCGAGGCUGCCAUCUAGGAGCGAAACGAAAUAAAACGGACAUAUAAAACGGGGAGACGCGAGUUGCCCGCAGUGAGAUUAUUCGGAUUUCAGGCUACGGCACUGAAACGCAGAGCGGAAAGGUGGCCACGGGAAACAAACUGAAACAGAGGGUGGAAACAAAAGUGGACAGCUGGGGCAAGGGCCGCCGAGAGUCAGGUAGCGUAGUGGGAGCAGGCUCGGUGAGGGAGAAUGAAGAGGUUCCGGCGACAUGGGCAGGAGUCGCAGCGGGACAAGCUUAAACAGGAGCUCUAUCAGUUCAACAAGACCGUUGAGCAUGGCUUCCCCCACCAGCCCAGUGCUUUGGGAUACAGCCCUACCCUGCAGCUCCUGGCCAUCGGGACCCGCUCUGGUGCCAUCAAACUUUACGGGGCUCCAGGUGUGGAAUUCAUGGGACUCCAUGAGGAGAACGCCGCGGUUACCCAGGUGCAUUUCCUCCCACACCAGGUUGAGCUGGUGACCCUGCUGGAUGAUAACAGUCUGCACAUGUGGACGUUGCGUGCACACCAAGGGGUGUCAGAGCUGCUGGAGGUUGGGCGUUUCACACUGACUGGGCCCCCAGGCGCACCUCCGAGUGUGACGCGGGUCACGGCGGUACUGGCGCACUCCUCUGGGGAACUGCUGCUCCUGGGCACGGAGGGUGGCCACGUGUUCGUGGUGGAAGUGCCCGGCUUCAGGGAGCUGGAGGAGAUGAACAUCAGCGUGGAGGACGUACAGAGCAGGGUUCCGGAAGAGUAUGUGGGCCGCAGGAACCUGGAGAGCGUGGAGGCGCUGCAGGAAAACCCUCUGCACCCCCGGCAGGUGCUGCUGGGAUACGGGCGGGGCCUCAUGGUGCUGUGGGACCUGGACAGAAGAUGUGCCACACAGCACUUCCUGGGCACGCAGCAGCUGGAGAGCGUGUGGUGGAUGCAGGAUGGGAAGCAGAUCCUCAGCUCCCAUAGCGACGGCAGCUUCUGCCAUUGGCCAGUGACAGAGGAGGCCACACAGAGCGAGCCUGAGAAGCAGGAAACGCCGUACGGUUCCUUUCCCUGCAAAGCGAUCUCCAAAAUAGUACAGCUGCCCACAGCACAAGGCCCCUCAUUCCUGAUCUUCAGUGGAGGAAUGCCGCGUGCCAGCUACGGAGACCGACACUGCAUCUCCGUCAUCCACAGCAAGACCCACGUGGCGCUGGACUUCACCUCCCGCAUCAUCGACUUUUUCGUCAUCAGAGAUGGAGAGCGGCACAAAGGUGAGCCCAGCGCGCUGGUGGUGCUGGUGGAGGAGGAGCUGGUGGUGGUGGACCUGCAGACGGAGGGCUGGCCGGUGAUCCAGACGCCGUACCUGGCCCCGCUGCACUGCUCCGCGAUCACGUGCUCCCACCACGUCUCCAGCAUCCCGCUCAAACUGUGGGAGCGCGUGCUGGCCGCCGGGCAACUGCAGAACACACACUACUCACGGAAGCCCUGGCCUGUGAACGGAGGGCAGAACCUGGCCCCAGACCCCCCUCAGAGAGACCUACUACUGACAGGACACGAGGAUGGGACGGUGCGCUUCUGGGACGCCUCGGGGGUGUGCCUCUACCCAAUGUACAAGCUGAGCACCGCGGGGGUCUUUAACACCGAUGCUGACUUUAACGACAACCUGAACCAGGGGGCUGAGGGGGAGUGGCCUCCAUUUCGUAAGGUGGGCAACUUCGACCCCUACAGCGACGACCCUCGACUAGGCAUCCAGAAGAUUCACUUGUGCAAAUACAGCGGCUACCUGGCUGUCGCGGGCACCGCAGGACAGAUCCUGAUGAUGGAGCUGAACGACGAGAUGGCAGAGCAGACUGUGGAGGCAACGGUUGUGGACCUGCUGCAGGGCCAGGAGGGCUUCCGCUGGAAGGGCCACGCCCGGCUGGAGGUGAAAGAAGAGCCCGUCAGCUUUCCCCCUGGCUUCCAGCCUUUCUCCCUCGUGCAGUGCCAGCCGCCCGCCGUGGUCACCGCCCUCAACCUGCACUCUGAGUGGAAGCUUGUGGCCUUCGGUACUAGCCACGGUUUCGGCCUCUACGACUACCUGCAGAAAAGCACCGUCCUGGUCAGGUGUACCCUGAACCCCAGUGACCAGCUUGCCAUGGAGGGCCCACUGUCCCGUGUCAAAUCCAUCAAAAAGUCCCUGCGCCAGUCCUUCCGCAGGAUUCGACGCAGCCGCGUCUCCAUGCGCAAGCAUCAUGCCAAUAACGCGGCCAAGGUGCAGGAGUUGAACGCACGACUGGAGGCGGAGCUGCAGGAGAUGGAGCUGGCGCCCGUGCAGAGGAAAAUCGAGGCCCGCUCCUCCGACGACUCCUUCACCGGCCUGGUACGCACGCUCUACUUUGCUGACUCCUUCCUCAGCGACGGCAGUCACAACACGCCCUCACUGUGGGCGGGCACCAACGGCGGCUCCGUCUUCGCCUACAUCCUCCGCUUGCCCGCCGUGGAGCGCAGGACCGAGGAUCCCAUCACAGCCCAUCCUGCGAAGGAGAUCCAGCUGAUGCACCGGGCUCCAGUUGUGGGGCUGGUGGUGCUGGACGGGCGUGGUGCCCCCUUGCCCGAGCCCUUGGAGGUGGCACAUGACCUCGCCCGCAGCCCAGACAUGCACGGGUCACACCACUUACUGGUCAUAUCUGAGGAGCAGUUCAAGCUGUUCACGCUGCCCAAAGUGAGCGCCAAAAUGAAACUGAAGCUGACGGCGAUCGAGGGCUCCCGCGUGCGCCGGGUGGGUGUGGCCUGGUUCGGCAGCAGCCGGGUGGAGGAGUACGGGGAGAGCGGGCUGGUGGUGCUGACCAAUCAGGGCGACCUGCACGUGCUGUCGCUGCCCGCCGUUAAGAUGCAGGUCCACUACCAGUGCAUCCGCCGCGAGGACGUCAGCGGCAUCGCCUCCUGCGUGUUCACCAAACACGGGCAAGGGUUCUACCUGAUCUCUCCAUCUGAGUUUGAGCGCUUCUCGCUGUCUGCCCGCUGGCUGGUGGAGCCCAGAUGCCUAGUGGAAGCGCCCCCUCGACCCUCUGGCUCCUCUGCCAGCUUCCCUCCCUCCAGAACACAGCCAGAUGGGGCCCCCACAGAACACAGAGAUUACAGGAUUCCCAGUGAAGAUUCUGAGAGCUCUGCCAGACGAGUUAUGGAGCAUGCUUUGCUGAAUGAUGAGAAGGUGCUCCAGGAGAUCCAGAAGUCUCUAGAAGGAGAUCAGAUGACGUAUCUGGAGAAUAAUAUGAAGACCCUGUCGGCAGGUGGGACGGUGAUGAGCAAUGGAGAAUGAGCCACCCUUUGCUGUGCCUGAAAGACCUUGGAGUUUACCAGCACUCCUGCCUUGCCAAUGCCAACGACACCAACAACACUACUAGUAGUACCACUACUGAACUGUAACCCUGGUCCAGGAGGGGCUCCCACUCACUCACUGCUACUGUACAGGGAGGAAGGGGAGAGGGACCAUUGCCUGUGCCUCUGCCAACCACUGUAUCUCUGCCUGCCUUCCACACCUGCCCUGCUGUACGCCCCCCACGACCUUCGACCGUUUGCUCUGGACCCUAGUCAUCCAGGGGGUCUGGUUUGCACAAUCAUGAACCCUCCACACUGUGCUCUUCUUCGGGAGACAGAAAAAAAGAGGGGUC